AAAAAAACAAAAAAAAAUAGAGGUUUUGAUUUUGAAAAAAAAAAAAACGGCAGAGGAAGAGUAUUACGUUGUGCUUCCCAUGGAUUUCUCAACUUCUUCUUUGUGGAAGUUUUUAUUCUCCGCUCAAAAUUAAUCAAAUCACAAAGGAUUUUCUCUCGGCAACGAUCCUUCGGUGUAGAUUUUCUUAAAAAUGCGUUGCCAAGAAGUAAGAUCUUGGACAUUUACAGGUUUGGUGGCUGCGUUUGUUGAUCUCUCUGUAGCUUUCUCUCUGCUUUGCGCCUCUUGUCUGGUAUAUUUAUCCUCGAAGCUGCUCAGUUUGUUCGGUCUGAACCUCCCGUGCCCUUGUGAUGGCCUAUUCAGUGACCCGCACAAGAACAAGUGUUUACAAGAAUCUUUAAGGAACCUUCCGGUGAAAAAGAUCUUGAAUGUGCAAAGAUCAGUGAAAAAGAGAACACCUUUUGAUUCAGUUCUGAAUGAAGAAGCAAAUGGUGGCGAGUGUGUUGGCAAGAAGAGAAAAGGAGGGUGUAGACACGUUGAGUUGGAUCGAGAGGUUGAGAAUGCUUCGGGGUUCGAUCUCCUAACCUCGCAGAGUUUAAAGAAAGGAAGCUUUAAAGUUAAGAGUAAGCGGCUCAGCUUCCAUAGGUCCCCGUAUGGUCUCAAGAACCAUUGCCAAAGUAGUUUAAAGAAUAAGGAUGCUGAUGAAAAUGAUCCUCUUCUUGUUAACUCGAAAGAAGGAAGAAAGGCCUUGGAGGACGUAUCCUUGCGGAAAAGUAUUUCACUAAGUUCGAUUGGAUGUGAUGAAGCUGGUGAUCAGAACAAACAACCUGGAUGGACAUUUUCAUGGGCGGGAGAAGGUACGUGCAUCUCACCUGUGGAUCUAACACGAAAGCCGAUUGAGAUUCUUGAACAAGUGCUUGCGGAGGAGCGAGUAGCGCGUGCUGGAUUAGCUCUUGAGCUGGAGAAAGAGAGAAGUGCUGCCGCGACAGCUGCGGAUGAGGCUUUGGGUAUGAUACUGCGUUUACAAGAGGAGAAAGCGUCGAUAGAGAUGGAAGCUAGGCAAUAUCAUAGGAUGAUAGAAGAGAAGUCUGCUUUCGAUGCGGAGGAGAUGAGCAUUCUCAAAGAGAUUUUGCUGAGGAGGGAGAGGGAGAAACAUUUUCUGGAGAAGGAAGUUGACACCUACAGGCAAAUGUUUCUUGAGACUAAGCAACCUCUUCCCAACACGCCGGAUUCAAAGCCAUUAGAUGACAUGGAGACUGCUGGAUUUGAGAUCUUCGCUAAUCAGAUGGAUAGUCGUAUUCUUGCGCUUGGUGAUUAUGAGGUUGAUCAGUCAAGCUCAAGAAAUUAUGGACUUCUGGUUGAUGCAGAACCGAAAGAACGAGAGUGUGGCACUUCAUUUCUUGAAUCAGUUUCAAGAACUAGCAACAUCUCUGAUUCUAAGAAGCUUCGUGAGGACUCCUGCUAUGUACAUGAUAUCCAUGUGGUAACUAAUGAAGAUAACAAAGUGCAGCUAAAUGUUUCUUCUAACCAUGUCACUCGGGAUCUCAAACUGGACAGGUCACAAAGUGUUUCAGAUACACCUGCAUGUCCACAAGGACAAAGGAACAUAUGUCCGACUAUGCGCAGAAACUCAAUGUCAGCUAUUGACUAUGAAAGACUGAGAAUAGAGAGUGAAGUUGGGUUGCUGAGAGGACGUUUAAGAGCUUUACAAAAGGGAAGAGAGAAUCUUAGUUUCUCUUCCAAGGAACAGAGUAAAUCGCAGGGAGAUAAAACAAGCCGAUUUUGGGACGGGAGAAGAUCGGGACCUCUAGACUCUUCAAGCCCUUCAUCCACAAUGGUAAAAGCGAUCUCUAUGACAUUGGACCUGCAUAGUGCCUAAACGACAAGGGUAUGUAAUUUACUCACAUAACACGACGCAAAUAUACACUAUGAGCAAUAUAAAUUGUAGUUUCUACAAUGUCUGCCAAAACUUUAAUAUUGGUUCUUUAAGAGAAGAUAUUUCUUUAGUUUUGUUUGUCAAACAGAUUGUACUCUAAACAACGUCGGUGAUGGAAUAAGGCAGUGAAGCUUUUGUGGCGGUCUUAA